CGGUUUCCUGGCGACGCGGCCCAGCAGGCGGUUGCAUUCCCCGUCGUUACCCUCUUUCUCUUCCCGACGCGUGAGUUAGGCCGUAAUGCCUUGGCUGCUCUCAGCCCCCAAGCUGGUUCCCGCUGUAGCAAACGUCCGCGGCCUCUCAGGUUAGACUCUCCUCCCACGGUCUCCUCCCAUGGUGUCCCCUGGAGGGACCCAAGUUGGUCUCAGGCGAUCCCUGGUUCGGCUGACCCUUCUCCUGGUGGGGCCUCCGCUCCCCAACCCUCUGUGCUCUCCGCGGAUUUCUUCUAUACCGGCUGCUCCUGGAAAGGGGUGGGCCCAGUGUGUUCUCUACCGUUGAGGUAUUCUGUGAAGCCGAAAUGACUGCAGAGAGAAAAGUGUGCCAUCCCCCAGAGGGGCUGUCUUCCAAGUUACUCGGACUCCGAAGUUGUGGCAAUUAUCACACUUAAGUGACAAUGUGUCUCACAUCAAGUAGCUCUUGUUUCUGUUAGGCAUGAGAGCUUGCUCCAGACUAUACACGAAGCAUGUUUAGUAACACAAAUUCUUUCAGCAGCUCCUCUUAGGAAAGGAUGUAUGUUGUGUUCACAGCGAAGGUACUCCCUUCAGCCUGUCCCAGAAAGGAGGAUUCCAAACCGAUACUUAGGCCAGCCCAGCCCCUUUACACACCCACACCUCCUCAGACCAGUGAAUGAUACCAGUAUGUUUCUCAGUGAGGGCUUCCUUUUGCUGAUUUUUCAUCAGACUCGAAUUCCUGCUGGGAAGUUGGCUGAAACUAAGGAAAUGCAGCUCACCACUGAAACCCACAAGAAAUCAGAGUUUUUCAAAGCUGUAAGGGGAGGUAACUCCAGGACUAUCUCAGGUGGAAUAUGCACUUCGCAGACACAAACUAAUGUCUCUGAUCCAGAAGGAAGCUCAAGGGCAGAGUGGGACAGACCAGACAGUGGUUGUGCUCUCCAACCCUACAUACUACAUGAGCAACGAUAUUCCCUAUACUUUCCACCAAGACAACAAUUUCCUGUACCUAUGUGGAUUCCAAGAGCCUGAUAGCAUUCUUGUCCUUCAGAGCCUCCCUGGCAAACAAUUACCAUCACACAAAGCCAUACUUUUUGUGCCUCGGCGAGAUCCCAGUCGAGAACUUUGGGAUGGUCCGCGAUCUGGCACUGAUGGAGCAAUAGCUCUAACUGGAGUAGACGAAGCCUAUACGCUAGAAGAAUUUCAACAUCUUCUACCAAAAAUGAAAGCUGAGACGAACAUGGUUUGGUAUGACUGGAUGAGGCCCUCACAUGCACAGCUUCACUCUGACUAUAUGCAGCCCCUGACUGAGGCCAAAGCCAAGAGCAAGAACAAGGUUCGGGGUGUUCAGCAGCUGAUACAGCGCCUCCGGCUGAUCAAAUCUCCUGCAGAAAUUGAACGAAUGCAGAUUGCUGGGAAGCUGACAUCACAGGCUUUCAUAGAAACCAUGUUCGCCAGUAAAGCCCCUGUGGAAGAAGCCUUUCUUUAUGCUAAGUUUGAAUUUGAAUGCCGGGCUCGUGGCGCAGACAUUUUAGCCUAUCCACCUGUGGUGGCUGGUGGUAAUCGGUCAAACACUUUGCACUAUGUGAAAAAUAAUCAACUCAUCAAGGAUGGGGAAAUGGUGCUUCUGGAUGGAGGUUGUGAGUCUUCCUGCUAUGUGAGUGACAUCACACGUACGUGGCCAGUCAAUGGCAGGUUCACCGGACCUCAGGCAGAACUCUAUGAAGCCGUUCUAGAGAUCCAAAGAGAUUGUUUGGCCCUCUGCUUCCCUGGGACAAGCUUGGAGAACAUCUACAGCAUGAUGCUGACCCUGAUAGGACAGAAGCUUAAAGACUUGGGGAUCAUGAAGAACAUUAAGGAAAAUAAUGCCUUCAAGGCUGCUCGAAAAUACUGCCCUCAUCAUGUUGGCCACUACCUUGGGAUGGAUGUCCAUGACACUCCAGACAUGCCCCGUUCCCUCCCUCUGCAGCCUGGGAUGGUAAUCACAAUUGAGCCUGGCAUUUAUAUUCCAGAGGAUGACAAAGAUGCCCCAGAGAAGUUUCGGGGUCUUGGUGUACGAAUUGAGGAUGAUGUAGUGGUGACUCAGGACUCACCUCUCAUCCUUUCUGCAGACUGUCCCAAAGAGAUGAAUGACAUUGAACAGAUAUGCAGCCAGGCUUCUUGACCUUCACUGCGGCCCACAUGCACCUCAGGUUCAAAAUGGGUGUCUCCUGGCAGCCCUGCACGUGUGCUUUCUGAGUGUCUCUGUGUGUGCAUUAAUAUAUGCAUUCCAUUUGGGAGCAUA